AUGCGCGAUGUGGAGUGUGUUCUGCGCACAGGGCUCUGCAGACUGCGCCAGCGGCCUCAAACGCGCGACUCUCGCGCUCUCCCAGCCCAGUCCCACCCCAUCCACACGCUCCCCGGCCUCUGCUUCCUCCGCGCUCAGGGAGAUGGCUCGCUACUCCAGACACGCGGUCCAGGACCUUUUACGUGGGCGAUCGCGCGCGGGGUAGGGCUGGCAGACUGGGCACCUGACGUGGGAAAAGUCCGCGCAGAAGUCCCGACCCGGCCAGACUUCCUGCCCGCGGGGCCCGAGGCUCCGGCUCUGGAAGCGCGCCAGGGGGCGUCGCUGGGAGGGAGGGAGCGGCUUCCUGGGCGCGGGCGGCCGAGCGCAGGCGGCGGAGCGCGGGGACGGCUCACCUGGACCGGCGACAUGGAGGACGGCGUGCUCAAGGAGGGCUUCCUCGUGAAGAGGGGCCACAUUGUCCACAGCUGGAAGGCACGGUGGUUCAUCCUUCGGCAGAACACGCUCCUGUAUUACAAACUAGAGGGCGGCCGGCGCGUGACCCCACCCAAGGGAAAGAUCCUCCUCGAUGGUUGCACCAUCACCUGCCCCUGCCUGGAGUAUGAAAACCGGCCGCUCCUCAUCAAGCUGAAGACCCGGACUUCCACUGAGUACUUCCUGGAGGCCUGUUCUCGAGAGGAGAGAGACUCCUGGGCCUUUGAGAUAACGGGGGCCAUCCACGCAGGGCAGCCGGGGAAGGUCCAACAGCUCCACAUACUGAAAAACUCCUUCAGGUUGCCCCCGCACAUCAGCCUGCAUCGGAUUGUGGACAAGAUGCAUGACAGCAGCACUGGGAUCCGGCCGUGCCCCAACAUGGAGCAGGGAAGCACCUACAAAAAGACCUUCCCGGGCUCCUCUCUGGUGGACUGGCUCAUCUCCAGCAGCUUUGCAGCCAGCCGUCUGGAGGCAGUGACCCUUGCCUCCAUGCUUAUGGAAGAGAACUUCCUCAGGCCGGUAGGGGUCCGGAGCAUGGGAGCUAUUCGCUCUGGGGAUCUGGCCGAGCAGUUUCUGGAUGACUCCACAGCCCUGUACACUUUUGCUGAAAGCUACAAGAAGAAGGUAAGCCCCAAGGAGGAAAUCAGCCUCAGCACCAUGGAGUUAAGUGGCACAGUGGUCAAACAAGGCUACCUAUCCAAGCAGGGGCAUAAGAGGAAGAACUGGAAGGUGCGCCGAUUUGUUCUGAGAAAGGACCCAGCUUUCCUGCAUUACUAUGACCCUUCCAAAGAAGAAAACAGGCCGGUAGGUGGAUUUUCUCUUCGUGGUUCCCUUGUGUCUGCUCUGGAAGAUAACGGUGUUCCUACUGGAGUAAAAGGCAAUGUCCAAGGUAAUCUCUUCAAAGUGAUUACGAAGGAUGACACACACUAUUAUAUCCAGGCCAGCAGCAAGGCUGAGCGAGCAGAGUGGAUUGAAGCUAUCAAGAAGCUAACAUGACCUAAGGGAGCAGGACCAGGGUCCUCAUCAGCUGAUAUAGAUGGGACUUCCUGGAGAACUGGAGCACAGCAUUGGCCUGGGGAUGUGGCUCUAGUGGUAGAGGACCUGCCUGGCAAUCCCGAGGCCCCAGGUUCAGUUCUUAGCACUGUUAAAAACAAAAGAAACCAAACUUUAACAUUGUACAUUUUGCACUGCUUUGGACUGAGACUGUUCAAGGUGGUCCCUCAGAUGACAGUGGGGAUGUGAUGUCCUUCUGUCUUCCGAUUACCAACCUGAAAAGCUGGACCGGCUGUUAGGUGGCAGCAUCUCGACUUUUGCUCUUCAGGAAAGAGAUCUCCAUCUUUGGGGACCGUAGUAGUAUCUCUCUGUUGGAACACUAACUCCGACUUUGCUAUAUUAAAUACUCUAGUCUCAAGACAGCUCUUAAGUGAUUUCAAGAAUUCACAUAUUUGGAAUUAAUAAAGACUGACACGUGUC